UCCGAUACAGCGUAUCGACUGUGCCAGUUUUCCAAGCAGCACUUAUCUCGAGAUAUCUACUAGCUACAUGAUCGGUCGCUGUCUAUCAACGGCAUAUCACUAUAUGUAUAUCACCUGCUAUAUAACACCGGCACAUCAAGACUGGAAGUUUGGAACACUUCAGAUAUCGGCAUCAACAAACAAGCAUCACUACAAGCGACAAGGGCAAGAGAUGUCUAACACGUCAUACACCAACAUCUGCGUUGACAACAGCGUCAUCAACGUGGCUAGGAACGUCAUCCAACAACAGGCGACCUGCGAAGCCUUCUUCAUCUGCGACGUGAGGGACCUGGAGUACAAAGUGCGCUUAUGGAGACGCGAAAUGCCGAAUGUGACGCCUUUCUUUGCCGUCAAGUGCUGCACAGACCUGGUAGUGCUGCGGACGCUCAACUCUCUAGGAGUUAACUUCGACUGUUCCAACAAGGUUGAGAUCGAAACCGUCAUGCAGCUCGGCGUGUCUCCGGAGCGAAUUAUUUUUGCCCAUCCCAUCAAGAGCGUGGAGCACCUCGAUUACGCCAAGCGGAACAACGUCACUCUCAUGACCUUCGACUCCGCCGACGAACUCGACAAAAUCAAGGACAAGAAUGCCAGGUUACUUCUCCGCAUCCAAGGCAGCAGCGUAGGCUGCGGCAUCACUAUGAACCAUAAAUUCGGCUGCAGCCUCGCCGACGCCUGCAAGGUGCUCAGGAAAGCUCGAUGCCUAAAUCUGAACAUCGCCGGCGUGUCGUUCCACAUCGGAGCAGCGUUUAAGCACCCGACUGUAUUUCAGCGAACUAUCGAAGACGCCAAAGCCGUGUUCGACGUUGGCCGCGAGUUAGGCUUCAAAAUGGACACGCUCGAUAUUGGCGGCGGUUUCCCUGGAGGCGCACGAAAGCUAGAGUCUUUCGUCGAGCUGUGUCGCGUCAUCAGAGACGCCAUUGAUACCAACUUCCCGCCAUCCAAUUGCAUAAAAAUCAUCGCCGAACCGGGACAGUUCUUCGUUAUGUCUGCAUACACACUCAUCACCAAAGUUGUUGGCAUCAAAAAAAACUUUAUGACCGUCGAAGGGAAAUUCUGCGAGCACCGCGACGUAUACAUCAAUGAAAGCAAGUGCAACACCAUCAACCGAGACCUAUUUGAGCUCAUGGACAUCCAUAUAAGCCCUCUGGAGCCUCCGUUCAACCGACCUCGGGACAUCCUGACAACAAUCUGGGGCGCCACGUGCCACCCCUGGGACGUGAUUGUGGGCCGCUCGCAAUUCUUUGCCAUCUCCGAUGGGGAGUGGCUUGUGUUUGACAACAUGGGCGCCUACACGCUUGUCCACGCAUCUGGUUUCAACGGCUUCAGCUUCCCGCGUGUCCACUACAUCGUCUCGGCUGCCUGCUUACCGCUCGUGGAGCUCGCAGUCGUUUCGACGCGAGUGCGAAGUGGCUAUGGACAUCUUGAACGAGCGCUCGAGCCGCAUCCGCUCUAAGCAUCCGGCUCGCCACGCACAUACUUGAACUAGUCACUGCCUUGCGCUGCAAGGCUCAACCCAAUGCUGAUGAUCGCAAGUACUGCUCUAGCUAAUCUUCAAGAAAUAAAAUGAAGCAAAGAACCACUACGAGUGAAAUGAAGAACACCGUGCUUCGUUUCGUUACAUGUGUCUCAAGCAGAGGCAAUGGCAACUGCAAGCUGUCCCUACAUGUGCACCUACGCAUGUCAUCAUGCUCAGAGGGAACCUCGGUGUUGGUCCCCAUAGCAUGCUGUAAAAGCACCUUGCUUCGGCUCGAAGACAUGGAGACUGUUUCGAGCACGGU